AUGAAGAGUGUUAGAACCAGCUUACCUGAUGAGUACAAUCUUCAGUUUCCACCAUGCAGUAUAGUGGCAGCUUUGCUUAAUCAGAGCAAGAAUGUUAGUAUAGUUAGUGGCAGUUUGAAGUUUCAUGCAAAUUGCUUAAGUAUGUCUCGGGUGAUCCAGGACCAAAAUUUGGUAAGCAAUCUCCGUCAUGUUUGGCCUAGUGUAGUACGCUUGAAUUCAAAUGAGGAUUUUUGGAAAUAUGAGUGGGACGCACAUGGUUUUGGUAUGAAGACGCAGAUCGAUGUUAAAACCUACUUUGAAGCAGCAUCAAGGAUACAUUCUACCAAAAUUGCAACAAACAGAAAGACUAAUCUGAAAGACUACUUCUCUAAUGCAGGAAUUCAGCCAGGACAAAUUGUUAAAGCGCAAGAUAUUGCAAAUGCUUUGGUCCUCAUAAUUAGGGGCAUCAAUAUCAAAUGUUAUAAUAAUGGAACUCAUAAUUUUAUGAAGGAAGUUAUCCUUUGCUUGGACUCGCCACUGCACAACUUUGUCUCAUGUGACCUAAGGAGUGUAAGUGUGAGAGGAGGGGAGAACUACUAG